AUGAAACCCCACCUCAGGGACCACAGUAGAGAAGAGUCUCCAGUCAGUGGGACCCCCCUGAACGUGACCAGCCCCGAGCCCACAGAAGAGAGCCUGGGAAUCUUCUGGCCAGGUGAGUCAAGAGAAGAGGCUGGAGGUGAGCCAGGGCCAGCCCUUGGGAAGGAGGACGACAGCUACUUGGCAGCCCAGACCCGCAGGAUGCUCCACUGGAGCAGCUCGCCGUCCUCGUCCAAGUCCGCGUCGGAGCACCAAUCUUACUGCCGCUAUUGCUGCGUCUACAGGCCCGACGCGCAGGACGCCCCUCCGCAGAGCGUGUGCGCCCUGUACACCCACGUGCAGACGGUGCAGGGCGUGGCGGUGGCCUGGGAGACAGAGUCUGGCUUCCAGCCCGUCACCAUGAAGCCCCGCAUUCGAGAAGCUGAGUUCAUCAAGAGAGAGCGGCAGAAAGGCUCCUCCUUCGAGAUGGCCUCCAACACGGACCUGCGCUGGGAGCUGGAAACCAGCAAGCAGCUGGACCCGGAGCCCGAGGACCCCGAGCCACAGGGCCAGCCUGACUGCUACCUGCAGGAGCUGCGCUCGCCACCCGACUGGCUGGUCACCCCCAGCCAUGGCCUGCGCUGUGUGGCGUGCUGCAGGGUCUUCCCCACGCUGGGGGCGCUGCUGGACCACGCCCAACACGGCAUCCGAGAUGGAUUCAGCUGCCAGAUAUUCUUUGAGGAGAUGUUGGAGAGGAGGAAGGCCCAGAAACAAGAGCAGGACCAAGAGCCAGUGGAGGAGGAAGAGAUCCCUUCAGACAGUAGUGAGUGCUCGAGGCCCCUAGACAAGGCGCUUCCCACCCAGCAGCAGCAGCGGCAGCAGCAGUAGCGGCAGCAGCAGCAGCAUCAACAACAAGGGCAGUGAGCCGAGAUGAA